UCGUCAUCUUCUUGUUAGGGUUAGGGAUUCGAAUGGGUUUUAGGGAUUCUUGAAAUUAAUUUGUGGAUUUAGGGCUUUAGCGAUUUGAAGAUGUCUGAUUGUUGGGUGAAAUUGUUGGGUGAAAUUGUUCAUGAACGGGCACCAUGUUUUCACACCCCAGAACGAAUUGAAAUCCACAUCCCUUUCACUGUUUGUUAUCUACCCUGAGUUUUGAGUUCUGGAAGCUGCAUUUUCUCACCUGUUAUCUACCAUGUUUGCAUUUAUUUUUCUUAACAUUGAUCCAUUAGUUUUUAUUGAUAGGCAAGCAGUUGAAACUGUGAAAUUCCCCUCUGAACUUAAGAACUUGAGCAAAAAGAUUUGAUUGAGCACAAAGGGAGAACUUGACUUAUCUUGUUUCAGAUGGCUAAGAGGAAGAGCCAAGGGCGCAGGAAAUCACAUGUUGCUGGGAGCUCCCAUGAUGCCACGGAGGAUGUUGAGGAUCGCCACACAGCCCCGGAUGAUGUUGAGGAUCGCCACAGACGGCUGCAUGCUUCUUUUCGUAGAGUCAGAGGCAGAUUUGGUGAGGACCAGGAUGUUGGUGGGACAUCAAAUGAGGAGCGUCGAGACCCUUGUGAGAUGAUUCCUGAGCCUUCUCGUCAGACGACUCCCGAGCCUUCUCCGCCUUCUCCGCCUUCUCGUCAGACGACUCCCGAGCCUUCUCCGCCUUCUCGUCAGAUGACUCCUCAGAGUUCGGCAGAGAGUGAGCAUGAGGUUGAUGUGGAGCAUGAGGUUGAUGUGGAGCUUCAGGUUGAUGUGGAGCCUGAGGUUGGUGUGGAGCUUGAGGGUGAUGCUGGAGCACGACGGGAUGAGGUGCCAGUCCAGACAGAGGCACCGUUUCCAGGGGGGCCUGAUGAUCUGUCACUGUUGGUCCGUUACCCACAUCACGUUGCGCCGUGUCUGUGGCAUCAUAUUAUAGGCAUCGACCCGCGUUACCCCGAUAGAGGUGUGUUGAAGUUUGCCAGCGCUGGGAUGAAGCUGGCAAAGCUGACAUGUGAGGGCGAGGGAGACGAUAUGAGCGCUGUUCGUCAGCGUGUGGAGGGGACCGGACUCUAUCCGCUCUUCAGUUGCACCUAUCUGGAGAUAGACACACCCCUUCUAUCUGCCCUCGUCGAGAGAUGGCAUGAGGAUACCAGCAGCUUCCACAUGCCAUUCGGGGAGAUGACCAUCACCCUGGAUGACGUGUCAUCUAUACUUCAUUUGCCGAUGGGUGAUAGGUUUUAUACUCCCGGACAGGCCAGCAGAGAACAGGCAGCGGAGACCUGUGUUCUGCUCUUAGGAGGGGUAGCCACGGACUACAUCAUGGAGUUUAAGGCGGUGAAGACCAUUGGCUUGCGAUUCGGGUUCUUGCAGACUCUUUACACUAGGGCUCUUGCUGAGCAUCGGCAUGACCAUGCAGCACGGAUGUGGCUACUUCACCUCCUCGGCUCGACCUUGUUUGCGAACAAGAGUGGAGGACACUACACUUCUGUCCAUUGGAUCGGCAUGCUGCAGCACCUUGAUCGGGUGUCAGAGUAUGCGUGGGGCGCCAUUGCACUAGCUACACUGUAUGAUGCACUUGGUCAUGCCUCACGGAGGAAGACCAAGCAGAUGAGCGGUUGUUCUUCCCUCCAGGUAGCUUGGGUGUUUGAGCACUUCCCACCCACCAUUAUUCAGCGGAUUGAGGUCCCCGAGUACACGGAGGACCAGCCCAGAGCGUGCAGGUGGAUCGAGUCCCGGGCUGGGCAUGCUGGACUGAUGGAGAGGCGAGUUCUCUUCGAUGAGAUGACGGCAGAGGACGUCAUAUGGACACCGUAUGAGGAGCACAGGAGUCACAGAGAGCUGGACGUCCGAGCUUUAUACUCAGGCUACAUCCGGACUCCCAUCCGGACGGCCGUGCGACCUCAUCUUCCUGAGCGUGUGAUGCGGCAGUUUGGGGGGGUCCCUAGUAUAGUGGAUGGAGCGGCAGUAGAUGAUUACCUGGACUGGUACACCGGUGUAUCUCACCGGUUCAUCAUCCCGGAUGAGAGUAGGGCCGAUCUCAGUGCUGUGGCUUCUUUGCGUCGGGCCGUUGAUUUGCUAGAGCAGGGACUUGAGGUCGACGACGGUCCCCCUAGAGAUACACGCUCCCGCACUUUAUUAGAGAAGUGCCUCACUGUCAUCAGAGACUUGAGCAGGACCCAGGGCGUCACUUUCGUUGGUGUACGAGGAGGCAGAGGUCGAGGCAGAGGAGGAGGCGGAGAUAGAGGAGGUGGCAGAGGCGGAGGCAGAGGUCGUAGGGGUAGGGUGGGUCGUAGGGGCAGGGGGCAGUGACAUUAUUAUUAUGUG